AUGUUGACCUGUGGCUGGUCAAAUCCUGUCCAGAUUUGGGUCACCAGCUGUGGGUGCUGGGUGCCAGUGGACAGUAGUUCUCAGAUUGUUUCCUAUGUUCUGGAGCUGGAGCUCGGGAAGGAAGAAGCUGCCGACGAGCUGCAAAGGUUUGGGGCAGAAAGUUACUGUAGUAUCCUGCUAUAUGGUUCCUGUAUUUAUUAUACAAAUAUUUCUCUGUCUGUUCUUCUGAAGAGCAUUGAGGUGGAGCUGGAGGUGAGGGACCAUGUGGCUACAGUGGUCUCCACUCUGAACUACGAGAACAAGGAGGACAAACCAUUAGAGGCUGUUUUUGUCUUCCCUCUGCCUGGAGAUGCUGCUGUCUGUCAUUUCAGUGCUCAGAUUGGACAGACACAGAUUGUAGCUGAGGUGAAGGAGAAACAGGAGGCUCGUGAGGAGUAUGAUGAUGCUCUGAGCUCCGGUCAGCAGGCCUUCCUAUUGGAGGAGAGUGAUGAGAGUCCAGAUAUAUUCUCUCUGCGUGUGGGCAGUCUGCCUCCAGGAGAGAGCGCCUCCAUCAGGUUGGAGUACGUCACUGAGCUGGCUGUGCAGGCUGAUGAUGGUCUGAGGUUCUGUCUGCCUGCUGUGCUCAACCCUCGAUACCAACCUCAGGAUUGCUUUCAGAGCUGUUGCCCAAGGAAGAGGGAGGGUGCAUCCAACCUCCUCGGCUGUAAUUGGUCCAGCCCAGAGUCGAUCAUGGCCAAUUGCGAGAGUGUAGAGUAUGGUGAGAAGACCAUGGAGGAGGCUCUGAAGAAAGUUGAGCAAAUGGAGGCUAAUCUUGGAGGAACAGAAAUCCUGGAGCCCCUCAAACAUAUUUACAGCCAGCCCUGCAUUCCCACUCAGCCUAAACAGCGAAAACUGUUGUAUUGCAGUCGUUUCUCUUUUGGGAUUGGGGAAGGGGCCAGCUCUGCUCUCAUCAAUGGGAUGGCCAAGGAAGGAGGAGGUCACGCUCAGUUCAUCACAGGGACUGACAGGAUGCAACCAAAAGUGAUGCAGUCGCUGCGAUUUGCUCUGCAGCCAGCUGUGGUCGACAUCUCAGUCACAUGGGAUUUACCACAGGAAGUGUCUGUCACUGUCCUCUCUCCACCAAUCACAGCACUUUUCCAGGGUCAGAGGUCACUGAUUUAUGCCCAGCUCACUGGACAGAGCUCAGAGGCAGCAGAGGGCUGUGUGACGCUGAAGUACAGCCUGGCAGGUCAUCCCUCUGAGAACCAGCUGCACUUCAGUCUCAGACCUGCAGAGGACACUGGAUUAACAGUCCACAGGUUUGGUGCUCGCACUCUGAUUCGUUCCCCGGAGAUGAAGGAGAGAGAGCUCAGAGGACAGCAAGAUGGAGGAGUGAAGGAGAAGGUGGUGCAGCUCAGUGUCCAAUCAGGAGUGAGCAGUUCUUUCACUGCCUUCAUUGCUGUCAACAAAGACAACGGAGAGGCGAUCCAAGGACCUCUGCAUCGCAGAAAUAUUCUACCACCCUGUGAGUGAUGGCUGUCCAUUCUUCCUGUAAACAGUGUAAAUAUAAACCUUAAU